AGAAUAGGCAUAAAAUUCGUGAGUUUUCUGAAUGAUGACAUUCUAAAUUAUUUUAUUAUUUGAAUAAGCUAAAUUCCAGUAUGGAUGUCUUGAGAAUGGUGUUUUGUAUAUACUGGACCUGUGCCUUUCUAAAUUUAAGUCCAAAUGUUAAUGCCAAUGGCAAUCAGUGUAUGACAUGCAAGAAUAAAUUUAAACCUUGCAAAGUUACCCACAAAUUUCUAAAGAUCCUAAGUAAAGCGGAUCAGGGCAAAUUAGUACCGAAAACAGCCAAUGAUGGAGCCAACCAACAUUUGGAUAAAUGCCUUCAUCCUGGCUACAAACUAACUGAUACUCUCAAUUUUACCAUAUGCUCUGGUAGCUCAGAUGGCAUAUGUCACACAAUUGCUGCAAAAACUAGUGACGAGUAUGUGAUAUCACUUUAUUGCAAAAGGUGCUUCAAGCACUGCGAUUGUCCAGAACUAAACAAGGGAAAUGCUCUCAGAGAAGAGGCUAUAAUUGUAACACUAUGCCUGGCAGCGUAUUACUUUUUGAUAAACUAUAAUUUAUUGGCAUAGUUACGGAUUAGACUUAGAGACAAUGUAAUUUUGAUAUAUUAUAUUUGUAAGAUUACAAUUUUAAGUAAUUUUGUAUAAGAGUUACAA